UUUGCUGUCUCCCCCACUACAAGACUUUCUAUCUAAUUGAGGUCUAAAAAUGAGCCACAAGAGAUGCACCUUUAUCAAGCCCAACGUUCAAUUAGGUAAAGCUUUAUCAGCCUCAUGUGAUGAUCCACUGUUUUGUCCAGCAAACUAGAUUGAUUUAAUUUUCUUUUAAUGUAUUAAACAAACAGUUUCACCAGAACAGACAAGAAGAAACCCCACUUGACAGAAAGUCACAGUUGGGCCUAAUGGGUGUGAUUGGAAGUGACAAUCCAGAUAGAGUCACAACUUGCUAGAUUCCCCUGACCUUCCCUGCUCUUGUGUUUUUAAACCUUCCAUUCAAACAAACUCAAAUUCCAAGCUUACCAAAUUUAGUUUAAGGCUUUCGAGUUUCAACUACACCUAGAGACUUUUUUUUACGUACUUUUUCACUUAGCAAUUAGCAGCAUCAAUGACAAUCAGCCUUCACAAGCACAGCUUCAAUAAGAUAGUAGUAAAGCUGUUCUUGUUGAUUUUAUUGUUGGAAAGCACGAGUUCUUUACUAGAUACAAAUGUGUCUAAUGGGUACUUGGUGAGCGAAAAGGAGUACCUGAAUUGGGUCAAACAAAUAGGUUCCUUCAAGCACUCUCUCUUCCAGAAAGCAACCAACAAGUUAACACCUUGCUCAACCAUAAGAGUAAACAAAAACUCGAAGUUAACUGGUAAUUUUGUUACAGUUCAAAAGGCUAUCAGUUCAAUACCAGUAGUCAAUAACUGUCGGGUGGUUAUUUCCAUCAGUGCAGGGAUUUACAGGGAAAAGGUCCUAAUUCCUGCGACUAUGGCAUACAUUACCCUGGAAGGUGCUGGUGCUGAUACCACCAUUAUUGAGUGGGACGACACAGCCGACCGAAUUGGACAAACUGGGCAUCCAUUGGGUACCUUUGGUUCUGCCACAUUUGCAGUUGAUGCUCCUUACUUCAUUGCAAAGAACAUCACCUUCAAGAAUAUAGCACCAUCGCCACCAUCAGGAGCUCUAGGCAAGCAAGCAGUGGCACUGCGGAUUUCAGCUGACACAGCAGCCUUCUUCAGUUGCAAAGUUAUAGGAGCACAAGACACUCUUUAUGAUCACAUAGGCAGACACUACUUUAAGGAUUGCUACAUUGAAGGCUCCGUCGAUUUCAUUUUCGGAAAUGGUCUCUCGUGCUAUAAGGAGUGCCAUUUAAAUGCCAUCACCAGUACCUAUGGAGCCUUGACUGCUCAAAAGAGAGAGAGCUUCCUUGAGGAAACUGGCUUCUCAUUUGUCAAUUGCAAGGUCACUGGAUCAGGUGCCCUUUACCUGGGAAGAGCUUGGGGCACAUUCUCUAGGGUAGUCUUUGCGUACACAUACAUGGACAAGAUCAUCACUCCUAGAGGAUGGUAUGACUGGGGAGACAAAAACAGGGAAACGACCGUAUUUUAUGGACAAUACAAGUGUUGGGGACCAGGGGCUGAUUUCGGGGGCAGAGUUUCAUGGUCUAGGGAGCUCACUGCUGAGGAGGCUGAACCAUUUAUUUCACUUGGUUUUAUCAAUGGCCAGGACUGGCUCCCAAACUAGAGAUAAUUUCAAGUUAUCAACUGCACUUGGUACACCAUCAACGCCACGGUGCAACUCAAAAAUAUAUUUUAGUGAGUUACAACACAACACAUAUUCUCAUUCCCAACAGUUAAAUUGAAAAAAAAAAAA